AUGGCCUUUUUUCUGAUCUUGUUGGCCACGAUCUUGAUCGGUGUUAUGUUGGGAUCCUUAAUGUGGGGAAUCGUUGCGCAGCGCGUAGUACCGCCGCUCCGAACACGGGAUAGCGGCGGCCCUCUGAAAGUUGGUGUUGUGCUUGGAUCUGGAGGCCAUACAAGCGAGAUGAUGCGUAUACUGAAGGCUCUACCACAUUCUCACUGGGAGAACAGCCAGCCUUUCUAUGUGGUAAGCAACACCGAUCAGCAUUCCGCUCAGCUAGCCCGGGAUUUUGAGCGUAGUUCAUUCAAGCGCGGAGUCAUCUUAAACGUCAUACCUCGGGCUCGUGAAGUAGGUCAGAGCUACUUCACCUCAGUUUGGACAACGCUCCUUGCAUUCUGGAGCUCCCUCAAGGUAGUGUAUCGAGAAAAGCCAUGCGUAUUGUUGACUAACGGUCCUGGGGUAUGCCUACCGGUAAUCCUAGCUGGGUUUUUACUCCCCGCAUGGUGCCCAUGGUACGGUCGUCGACGACCCAUUGUCGUGUAUCUGGAAUCCUUCACUUGUGUGGAACAUCUUUCCCUCACGGGUAAGCUUCUUGCCCCUUUCCUGGCCGAUAUCUUUACGGUUCAUUGGGAAGCUGCUCAGGUGGCUGCGGCUCGGAUUCGAUGGCGGGGUCAGCUAUAUUGCAUAGGAAACAAGACAAAAAGAAAUGAAAAUGCCGCUGAACCGGCGCUGCAUACGGCUGAUGCACACCAAGUCGCGUCGCUUCACCAGCAAACCAUGACGGGAGGCCACGCGCUCGUCACGGUUGGCUCCACUCGCUUCGACGAGCUUAUUUACGCAGUAUCUGAUACAGCAGUGUGCAAGACAUUGCAAGUCCACUUUGGGAUCGACAAGCUUCUCCUUCAGUAUGGUGCAAUGGACUUCAAGCCACCAACAAACCAACCAAUGAAGCGGUACGAUGAUCCUGUUAAUGCCCCUGGUGGUGUCUGGAGGGGUACCAGUGGAGGAGUGGUCAUAGAGGCCUUUGCCUACCGCCCCAAGCUGGAGCAGUACAUAUUGAAUGCGUCGCUGGUUAUCACACACGCUGGUGCCGGGACGAUACUCGAGUGUCUGAAUGCGAGGUGCCCAACAAUAGUGGUACCCAAUCGGCGGCUUAUGUCUGAUCAUCAGCUUGAGUUAGCAAACGCUUUAAUGCACAGGGGCUACCUUUACUGUGUUUCGUUGCAACAGUUAUGCGGUCAACUUCAAACUCUUGAUCUCAGCAAGCUAUCCGUGUAUCCAGGCAUCGAUGAAGAUUUACUUAUCGCAGCGCUAACCUCACCACCAGUUCAAAAUAAGAAUGAAUUUGAAAAGUGA